GCAGGCGCAGCCGGUACGUCUCCCAGGCUUACAUAGGGAUGCCGUUCUUUCCUGUAACGCAUGCCACGCAAAGAGCCAUACAACACCACAGCUUUUGAAUAGAAUAAAACACACAAGAGAAAUAAUCAUCAACGCUUUCAUCUGCAUAGAACUGCGUUCCCUUUCGUAAAAGGCGCUCUCUUCUCUCUUCUCUCUCUUAUACAGCCUGCAAAGCCUCUUUCUCUUUUCUUUCGCAACCACUGAGGCGAUGAUUCGCUCCGUCACGAGUGACGACCUGCCAGAGAGUCAACGCCCAGCAAUGCCGUCGUCAUCGUCUUCGCAGACUCCCAUUGCGUUCGACAACGUGGUGAAGGUUGAAGCCAAUCUGCACGACGACGACGAGAAAACAUCGCAGCCGCCCAAAUCCCUCGUCCGCUUUUCCGCCUCUGACUUCUUUGCCCUGUGGCGGCCAGCAUGGACAGGCAACCGCACCGCCGGCCCGCACCUCGGCACGUUGACUGUCGGCUCCGUCAUCUUCGCACCCUGUCGUGUGCAGAGCGGCGCCCCCCUCGCACGGGGGUCUCUGAAUUCCGCCUACGCGUCUUCACCACCGCCACCACCACCUUACCGCCUUCACUACGCCCUGGCGGAGGUGACCGGGAUUCAGGUGAUGGCGGGCACCGUCACCGUGUCCUUUCUCUUCACCGACCCGGGCGUCGACGACGAAGCCAUCUCGCUCUACGAGUGCAUCCCCUGCCCACCCGCUUGUCUCACGCGCUGGUUGCAGGACAGCAACGGCACAGGAGAGCGUCGCAGUAAUGACGCGGUGGAAUGUGUGGGGAACACCUCCGCGUCGCCUGCGCGGUGUUCGCUCUUAGAGCGAGUGCUUUGUGUCGCCCCGGAUGACGGUCCGCUGCCGGUGAGCGACAUCUACAGCACCUUGACCUCCUCGACGGUCCGCAACGGGCGCAGGAGGGCGAGUCGAUUGUCAACGACGCAGCAGCGUUGUGCUUCCCGUCUGCGAAACCUCUGGUGCCUCAGCGACACCGAUAACGACGAUGAGGAUGGUGCGGCGCCACAGAGCCACGACGAGGGCUUGAAAGGAGGCAGCACGUCUAAGAGAAAGAAAGCGUUGGAAACGAAGGGCAGGAGCCUCACGUCCGAGGUCAGUGCCGAAGACACGGAAGAGGCGCCACAGCAGCUCCAGCAGGCAGGCACCGCGAAAGCAACAGCCGAUGACGGCGGUGCUGCUUCUCAUUUCGUGUGGGGAAGCGGCACGGAGGAUAGCUCAUCCGCGCACGGCACCACAACCGUGUUGACAGCUCGCUACCGUGUCCCGCUCACUCUCCAUGUCUUCUUUGCGCGUGUCUUCGAGAAGGUGAACACCUACAUGGAGACGCAGCGUCACCCCUCUUCCGCCCGCACGCCACUGCCCCACCCUGCACCGCCGUGGCGGGGUCCUUCUCCACGGGACGGCCUAUCCGGGUGUCCGCCGCCUGUUAUCCUUGCCCUUUUCGACAGCUACGCAGCACUUCGCCGCUUUCACGUGUACAUGACGGUGCGAGGGCACGUGGUGCAGCUGCAGGAUGGCACUGACAACAGCAGCAGCGGAAAGGAGAGCAGCUACGCGGCCCAAACCUCAAGCUCCUCUGCCACGACGGCAACCAGAACGGAGGACGUGUGUCAGGGCAGACCGCCGCGGCCACCGCGCAUCCCAGUUGCGUUCGGCACCGUGUGCAAGGUGUGGCUCUGCAUGCUGCGCGAUGACACGGGCGAGGAGGACGCGAACGCCAACGCGGAUGCCAGCAGCGCGGCGUCGGUGGUGGCCACACAGCUGGCCCGCCUUCUCCGAGCCGCGCCGCCCAUUGACGGACUCGUCACGUUUAGAGAAUACGAAAAAGGUCAAGACGAUGAUCGGGUAGAAGGCAGCGGGGUCACGGCGGAACAGGUGCUACUCCGUAUGCUGCCCCACCUCAGCUCCGCGCGUCUGGUGUGCAACCUGCAUGAUGUUCCUUCACCAUCUUUGCGGUCGGGGACGACCACCACCGCCACCGCCAACACACAGAGCGCUGCGACAAGCGUGGUGAAGGUUUCCGGCGCCAUCUUUGGGGACCACAAGCUUCUUGUCCCGUGCAGUCCGGAGCAACUCACGCUGCUGGCGAGUGUUCUGGCCGAUGCCCCACCUCCACUGUCGUCCUCUUUCGAAAUGAAUGGCACGUCGAGCACGAAUGGAAAGCAGAAGAGAUCAGCACAGAAGCGGCCCCGAACAACCGAGGACAGCCCCCUUCAAGCACUGACGCCCGCGCUGCUGGAGCGCGUUGCCCUCGGCACCUUCACGGACACCGCCGCAUCGGCCCUCUUCGAUGCCUUUGGCGACGCUUCUGCCGCCGUCAUGGCCGCCGUGUCUUCUUUGUCCACGUCCCCCAGCGCCGUGCGUGAGAAUCCAACUGCGAAACCGGUGCCUCAGGUGGCAGAGUCCUCGUUGUUCGGUCACGGCACCCCGCCUGCGCUGCUCGGAUCGGUGGAGGACGUCUACGAGAAGUGGUGUGUGGACCCCGCACGCUUCGGUGAGGCCUUUCCUGUCUUUCAGGCCGUCUACGCAUUGGUGGCGGAUGUCUUUCGCAGCCCUGCGCUUUUCCGUUCUGAAAAUCGGCAGCAGCAGCAGGGACAAGGAGUCGAGAAGCUGUCGGCGCAGCCCACCUUCUCCGCAGAUCUCUCCUCGUUGCCACGUGUUGCCCUCGUCCUCCCACGUGGCAACCCGACCCACCACCCCAGCCUCAGCACGCAGCAGUUUCUGCACUCCCUCCGUCUCUUCUUCACCCCAUGGACGCUGCACGAGCUGGGGCCGAUCGCCAUGACUGCCGCCGCCGCCACGACCACGGCCGCUGCCCAUCCAGCCUCAAUGUCGUCCUCGCCUUUCUGGGCCAACACCUGUGUGCUGUGGCACCAACGCGGCGGUCUUCUCCUCCUCUUCUGCGAUGAGCCGACGACGCAGCUCGGCGCUCUUCAAGACGAGGCGGAUGUGGUGGUUGCGUGUGGGAAGGCGGCCGCGGCGUGGGUGGCAGCAAACGCAGCGGUCCACCAUCCUCAGAACCAUUAUGGCCGUCCCUUUGCAACGACUUCUGCUGCAUCUUCGGCGGUGUACUUCGCGGUGAUCUCGGAGGUGGAGGUGGUGCCGUUGGCGGAGCACGGCGCGCACCUGUGGCUGCCCGUCCGCCUGCCAUCGCCCUCCCUCGCGGAUGCUUCGCACGACGAGGAGGGCGAUGGCGUUUUCUCCGAGGCGUCGGGGAGGGAGAGCAUGGCGUCCAUGACGGCAGCGUUGCGGUGGCCCGCCACGGCCGCCAACGCCGAGGAACUUGCACGUGGUCAGCUGGAGCUCCUGUGGGAGCGCCUUCUGUGCGCCGUCGAUGCCGACGGAUGUCCAGCGCCGUGCCCGUCCGCGGCGUCACCAACCUCUACACGUCUGCCACAGCAGCCGCAGAACCUGUCGUCGGCACGAAACGGGUCUGCCGCCUCCCACCCUCCAUCGUCCUCCUCCUCCGUGCCGGGGCGACGGCUGCGACACGUAGAUGUGCUGCCCAAGACACUCCGCCAAGCGGUGGUUCUCUGGCGACACCUCGGCGGAACGCCCCAGGAAGCCGCCCCGGCGAAAAAGAGCGCAGCAGAGGGGGGAACGCCGUGGUGCACGCUGCGGGCGUUGGUGAGGGCCAUUGCCCUGUCGAGUGCAGCGGCGACGCCGGUACGCAUGUCAGACGUGGUGCUAGUUCGGCGUCUCGACAGUGCAUCGGAGUGA